CUUUAGUCAGAUUUCUCUGAAAUAGAGGUGCAGUUGGAGGAACAGGCAGAGGUAACCUUGAACCCCUGAAUUCCUGCCUUUUUAGACAAUUGAAUGCUUAUAGCCAACCCCUGGCACCAGUGAGCCAGGCAGCUGCAGCACAUUCCAAAUAUUGCUCUAUUUAAAGCAUCCCAGGGCUCCCAGAGCAACUGCAGAGGCAAACCUUAACCUGCCAUUAAACUAGCAGAGGGGGGAAUGGCAGAACCAGCCCAGGCCCCGCUGUCCCGCCUGGUGGUCCCCGUGCUGCUGGCGCUCGGCUGGAUCGUGGGCUGUGCCCUCAUGGUCUACAUUGUCUUCUCCUGAUGCAGGAAGGGAUGGCAGAGUCACACAGCAGCCCUGCAGUCAGAAGAACCGACAAUGAUGUUGAUUAGAAGAACACGGAAGUUUAUUUGAGAUUUCUAAUGACUAAAAGAAGUAUAAAAUGAGUUAUUUUUAAUAUCAAUAAUGUAAAGGCCGUGCACACUUUUUAUCCACAGCAUUAGGAAGAAUCACCAAACCAAUUUCCCUGUUCUCAGAUAAUUUGCAGUUGAGGGGGUGGUUUUUGGAAUCUUGUGGUAGGUCAGAUACCUGCCUGCUUGCUGAACAGCAAACUUUUAAAAUAGCUGCUAUCAGCUAAGGAACUACAAGCUUGCUAGAAACAGGCAAGGGUUAAUUUCUCAUGGGGCCUGGGCAAGUAUUUUUAGCCUUAUUAUGGGGAAAAUCUCUUGGAAUCUAUUGUUAUGAAACAGAAACAUGUAUGUCCUUCGAAAAGAAAACCUCAGGCUUAUUCGGGGCUGGGAGGGUUGUACAGCUGAGUGUGUCUGCAAUCUCAGGCUCACUGAGGGCCCUGAGUGUCUUGUACUGGGGGGUUUGCUUUCUUUAAUUGUAAUUGGAGAUAAUUAUAUUCCCCCAGUCAGUAAUAAGCCUUGUGAACUUCCAGUGACUUUGCCAUUUAAAUCACAGCUGAGCAUCAGAUUGCUGCAUUUUCACAGACAGCUUUGGGUUUUUGAGCAUGAAGAUUUUUAUACUGAAGAACUGCCGUUCUCAGAAGAUGAAAUCAUUAAUAAUUCAACCCCCAGUUAAAGCAGAGAAUUGAUUGAGAGAGGCAUGUCUGGAAGAUCCCAGCAAGAUGUAUGCUUAAGGGAAUGUGAAAAAAUCUUAAUGAUCCCUGAUGGGGUUAAAUAGAGAAGGAAGCUAUUUUUUUGACUCCUGCUCACACAAUUUGUAUAAUUUUGAGAAUGUGAGGAAGGCACAUUAGUCCGACAUCCUGUCUCCAUCUGUGGGCACUGUCUGUUGAGCUUUAGGAAUGGAAACACAAAUAGAUUUGACCAUAGUGCAGCCAUGAACAUUCCUGGGCCACUCCAGCAGUCAGCAGGAGCACUGAAGUGUGACAUUCUGUUUGGGAAUUAUCUUAACACCAGGUUUCUUCACCUGUGAAUGAACUGAGGGCAGAGGGAGGAUUCAGUCUCAUCUGAUGCCUUGAAAGAGAGGGGCUAAGUCCUGGAGAUUGCCGAUCCCUGCACAGCUGCAGUGUCCCCGAGCACCUGAGCAGCACAUCAGGGAGUCCCCGCAGGUGGGAACACCCCCCUCCCUGCGAGGGGCUGGCUGAGCUCGGAGCCCACCCUGAGCUCCACCUCAGGGUCUCCCCUCACGGCCAAUUCCUUGGUGUCUAAGACUGAGCCCACCCAGACUGAUCCAGCUGUGACUGACACAGGGCCAGCAGUGACUCCACAGUGACCAUGUCCAUGUUUUUACAACUCAGUUCAUUUACCAGGCACAGAGGGAAAUAGUUCUGAAAGAUCCCGCUGGCCCAAAUAGGUCUUCGGGUGCCUAACAAUGCUGGAAAUCGAAUGUUUCCAAUUAAAAUGUUACAGAGCUAAAACAUAAACACUACAAUCUGGUUUAGCUUUACCUGACUUUUGAGAUCUGAUUUGGCAGAGGAAACCAAAAUAACUUUCUAGGCUGGCUUCAAUGUCAUCGAGCUGACUUGCUGUAUACAAAGGAGAAGUUUCUGCCAGUUUUAUGGGGUAAUAAAGAGAGGAUUAUUCCAAGAAAAUAUGCAUCCCCCACGCUGUUGGAAGAUCACUGAGCACUCUGCAGAGUGACCUUUUGUAACCACCUUCAGACAACCCACUCGGGUGUCUGCUCGUGGUGCAGCUGUGAAGCUCCCCUUACAUGCAGGGGUAAAAGGGGCAGCAAAAGGUUUGGGGCUUUUCAUUCCUGAAAAAUAAAACGAGUGUUUCAGAGCUGG